CAAACUUAUCAAAGGCAUAGGCAUCAGCAUAAUUUUCAUAAAAUGAAAUUAAUACCUAUAAUUUUAAUUAGAUAUUAAUUUUGCAUUUUCAUAAAAAGUACAAUGUAACAUAGAUGUUAAAUUUAAAUAUUAUAUAGUAAUUAUUAAUUAUAAUUUCGUAAUAAGAUUGAUGUUGUGAAUUUGGGUGAUAGCAUAUUAAAUAGGUACAUAAGUCGAUAUAUAAAAGGCAACAAUGACUGAUAAAGUUGAUAUAAAAGUCAAAAAGAUCGACGAAAGAAAGGAUCCCACUUUACUCUUGCCAGAUGAACCAAUGUCAUACGAAAUAAAGCCAAAAAGGAAAAAGAAAAAGAAAAUACAAGAAGACCCUUUUAAAGAUAUUGAAGAAAAUGUAAAAUUACCAACAGUCGCUGUGUUCGAUCCAUCGUCUGAUUCUGUAUUGGAUCCAGAAGUAAAUAUAAAAGUUGAAAAUAUUGAAGUUGAAUUGGAUUUUAAUGAUUUUGCAAAUGAUCAUGGCUUAAUGAUGGGUACAAACAGUGAUGACAGCCAGCCCGAGCCCAUAGUCAAACUAGAACAAGAUAAUAAAGAAGCUACCCUUCUAACUUUUGAAAAUAUCAUCAACGAUAAAUCAAUUUGCAAAGUGUGCCAUCUAGUCUUUCGAACGCCAAAAACAUUACGAAUGCAUCAGAAAAGGAAGCACAAGGUGUUCAGACGGUCAUUUAAACAUAUAUGUGAUCAUUGUGGUAUGUCGUAUGAGACAAAGAACAGUUUAGUAGCGCACAUGAAAAGGAAGCAUGGACCAGAUUCCACGCCUGAUGACAGAGAAGAGAGGACGUGUGAUGUGUGUGCUCUAGUCUUUAAAGGCAUGGCUAGGUUGCGUAUGCACAUGCGAAGAAAACACGGCUCUUUUGAAGAGUCCUUCAAACAUAUUUGCGAGGACUGCGGACUGACAUAUGAUAAGUACAGGAGUUUAAUAGUACACAUACAAAGAAAGCAUUCGAAAACAGACGAGCCAAUCACAGAUCAGUGGUUCAAAUGUCCGUUUUGUCCGAAAGGAUUCGGUAAACGGGAAACUUAUGUUAGACAUGUACAGAGAAAACACAGGGUAAAUGAUGAAGAAACAAGCAAGAAUCAAGAAGUUGGAGAAGAUAUUGGGAAAGUGGAAAGUACAGAAACAGGAGAGAUAUGUUGUGCCGAGUGUCCAUUGGUUUUUUCGUCAUUGAACUAUUUAAAACUGCAUAUGAGACGAAAGCAUAACGCCUUUAAGGAUAACUUUCGACUGAAAUGUAAAAUAUGUAACUUGUCUUAUGAUAAAAUAGAGAGCUUAAAGCGCCACAUUCGCAGAAAACAUGAUAAGGGGUCCAAUUGCGAUGUGUGUAAUAAGCAAUUUGAUACUCGAGAACUGUACUUAAAUCAUACCCACGAAAGAUUGGUUAGAGAAUGUACAAUUUGUGGAUUAAUAUUUGCGUCCCAAAGUGGUCUAGGUAAACAUUUACGAUGUACGCACAAGAUUGUUCAACCGAAGACUGUUUUCUGCCAUAUUUGUAACGAAGGUUUCAAUGAUAAACGUCAAUUAAAGCUGCAUUAUUUAAGAGUUCAUUUAAAUGUAUCUUAUACUUGUCGAUUUUGUAAAAAAGUGUUCAAAGCGAAGGAGAGUUACAGACGCCAUGUUGUAUUUAAGCAUCAAAACAAACGUCCAAAUAGUGAAUUGCAAACUUGUGAUCAAUGUUCUGAAACGUUUUCUGAUGAGUUUGAGCUCAGUCGACAUUUCGAUUUAGUGCACCGGCGAGCAGAGGGAACACAAGAAACAAAUAAUGUAGUUAUAAAAAAAGAAGAUGCAGAUAUACCGAAUUCAUACCAAUGCACAAAGUGCACGGAAAACUAUAUGUCUUGGGAUCAAUUGAAAUUGCAUUACGAGCAAAACCAUUACAUUCUAGCCGAAACACAGUGUCAAGUGUGUGGCGAAAUAAUACCUGGUAACGAACUACAGAAGCAUAUGAAAGAUGCGCAUACAGAUAACAGCAUGCGAUGUAGAUAUUGUGAAUAUGUUACGAAUAAUAGAGCGAGUAUGACUCAGCAUAUUUUAAGGCAUAAGAAUGCGACUACGUUGAACUGUCAUUUUGAGAAUUGUAAAUAUAAGACAUUUUAUGAAGGUGCAAUGGAGAAGCAUAAGCGUAAACAUGAAGACCAGGGUGUCAAGUUACAGUGUACCCAGUGUCCGUUCCAGACGAUGAAUAAGUAUAUAUUGAAGUAUCACGAAGAAGCGCAUAUGACGGGUAAGAAACGGUAUUCGUGUGAUCAAUGUGAUUACGCUACAGUUUUGCCUGCGAGCUUAGUUCAGCACAAAUAUAAACAUUCCACAGAAAAGAGAUUUAAAUGCGAAAUGUGUCCGUUUGCUACAAAGUACAAUACGUCGUUACGUUUUCAUGUUAAGAAAAAACAUUGUGAUCUCCCAUCUUAAUGUUGUUAAAUGUUGAUUGUUUAUGAAAUUAAAAUUAUUGGUGUUUUGA